CUCCGAGCUCAUCCUCUUACCUGCUCUGCUCGGGCCUGAGGCACCGCAGCGACUCGCCGCCGCGCCACCCCUUUUCGGCGUGCCGGCAUGGCCUCGUCUCCGGCAGCGCGCGCGCUGCGAGGUGUGAUGCACCAUGAGAAGCAGGAGCAGGGCAGCAUGCUCUGCGCGCAGCACGCGCUCAAUGCGCUGCUUCAGGGCUCGUACUACGACCCGAGCCAGCUGGCCGACAUUGCCGCGCAGAUGGACGACCUCGAGCACGCUGAGCUCGACGAUGCUGCAUGGGAGGCGCGCGGCCGCGACGAGGGGAGCCUGAAUGUGGAUGCCACAGGUGGGUCCGCCGCAGCAUGCGCAAGGCACCUCGAGGCUGACUACGGUGCCCAUGCUUCCGCAGGCUUCUUCUCGCUGGGCGUGAUGGAGGCGGCGCUGGGCAUCUGGAACCUCUCGCUCGAACGCUGGCGCUCGGCCAGCAUGCGCGAGUAUCACGAUGCGCCGGAGGAGCAGGCUGCCUUUGUCCUCAACCUGCAGCAGCACUGGUUCACGAUCCGCGGCUUCGGGCGCGGCUGGUGGUUCAACCUCAACUCGCACAUCGACGAGCCUGCGUGGGUGGGCCCCUCGUAUCUCGGCGCGCUGCUGGAUCAGUGCGAGACAGAGGGCUACUCCGUCUUUGUCGUCCGGGCGACCGGCACGCCGAACCCUCUCCACACUUCACCUGCCGACGAGCUCGCGCGCACCCUGCCAAGCGCUGCAGCAGCAUCGUCUGGCGCCGUCGAGUCUUCUCCGGUGCUCGGCAACGACAGCGAGGAGGACGCAGACUUGCAAGCUGCACUCCGCGCCUCUAUGGCGCAGGCGCACAUCGGCGGCUCUGCUGCGGAGGCUGGCCCCUCUGCCGGUAGCUCUCGCGCGGCAGGCGGCUCUGCGUCUGGCAGCGGCAGGCCACCACACGGCACCCGGCGCGCACGCUCUGUCGAGCUGGGCUCUGACGACGAGCUCCGCGGCGGCCUGGGCAUGGGCGACUCGGGUCCCGAGACCGAUGCGCAUGUCGAUGCGCUUGCGCCUUCACGCCAGCGCGCUCGCCUGCUGCCGCAGAGCCUGCCGCAUGCAAGCGGGGCCCGCAAUCGCCGCCGUGCCUCUCGCGCACGCCAAGGUCGCGACGAGCAGAGCGGGGCGUCCCGAGAGACAGCCAUCAGUCUCGAGUCAGACGAGGAGGAGGGCGCAUCGCAGGACGGCACGGGCAGCGCGCACCGCUCGCCGUUCCUGAACCCAGUCCUCGCCGGAGCGGCACUGGAUGGCAUCGAAGAUCUCGACGACGACGAUGACGAGAUUGCCUUUCACUCGCUCGAGAACUCCGAUGAGGAGCGCGACGCACCAGUGCCGAGCGGGCCAAGACGCGACCGCACGUAUGACGAUGAGGAUGCCGAUCUGCAGCGCGCUCUCGCGGCCAGCAUGCGAGACGCCGGCGGCUUCGAGGAGGACGGCUUCGCCUUCACCGGCUCUUCACGCCAGCAGCAGCCAGAGCGCACGCCGCCGCCCGCCGACGUCGACCGCAUCACCAAGCUGCGCGCAGAGGCGAAGCGCCAGGAGGCACAGGCGCAGGAGGACGCCGACAGAAAGGCGCGUGGGCUGCCGACGCGUGCAGAGGAGGAGCGCAAGGCUGCAUCCGGCAGCGGCGCCGAGGACAGCAGCGACGAGGAGGACGAGCCGGCGGAGGUGCUCAGCCCGGAUGAGAUCCGCCGACGGCGCCUGGCUCGCUUCGGCGCCUAGAGCGCCUGCAGAGGGACAGGCAAGGGAGGCGGCGGCAGCAGG